AUGGCCCGACUGUCCAGCAUUCUCCUCAGUCUUCUCGCGGCCUCGCGUACCGUUGCCGAUUUCACCAUCUACAUCGGGAAGACGAACGACAUCACGGAUGUAGGCGUCACGUACGCCACGACCCAGAUCCAGAUCCACAGCCACGCGCCCCUGAGCUGCUCGGACGUCGGCCACGUCGUCGCGAUAUCCAUGAGCAGCAUCAACGACGCGAGCAAAGGCCGCUGGGCGUGCGACGGGUGCAACGCGCUUGCGCCGCGGGACUGGGCGAUCAAGCGCCUCGAGAUGUACAACUACGACGACGCGGUCGCCCACUCCACCGACCACCCCUUUCCGCUGUUCAAUCGGGCAACUGGUGCUGUUACGUUAUAUGGAACGGGAAAUGGGAAUUGGGAUAUGAGGGAUAUCAAUAAUACUUUCCUCGGGACGUGCAAUCGACCGCAUAAUCCGCAGGAGAUGGACUGCUGGCAGCUCAUUUCGGCGACGUUCUUGACGCAUGCGUUUUCUUGCAAGAGUGAACUAAUUCCUAAUGACAGGCUUUGGGUUGAUGAAUAA